AUGUUCUCUCUCCGGACGGUCACACGUGGUGUCCCAAGCCUCCGGGCUUUCUCCACAGUCCGUGUCCUGCAGUCUGAGCUAGCAUACCAAGUCUUUGGCCCAGAAAACGGUCAGACUGUCCGAGACCCAAUCCUGAUUCUACAUGGACUAUUUGGAUCAAAGCAGAAUAACAGGAGUAUCGGCAAGGCUUUGGCACGGGAUCUGAAAUGUCAGAUCUUUGCACUGGAUUUGCGUAACCAUGGCCAUUCUUUCCAUGCUCCCGAGCAUAACUACGGUGUCAUGGCAGAGGAUGUGCAGAAAUUUAUCAAACAGCAAAAACUAGACAAAUGCGUCCUGAUCGGGCAUUCCAUGGGUGCGAAAGCUGCAAUGGCGGUAGCAUUACGCGCACCCGAACGCGUGUCAGCUUUGAUCCCCGUUGACAACGCACCGGUGAAUGCAGCACUGCAGAGCGAUUUCCCCAAAUAUGUUCGCGGCAUGCAGAAAAUCGAAGCUGAGAAGGUAUCAAAGCAAUCUGAUGCUAACAAGAUUCUCGAGGACUAUGAAGAGUCUCUUCCAAUCCGUCAAUUCCUUCUUACCAACUUGAUACGUUCCGAGGAAGAUAACACACUUAAGUUCCGAGUGCCGCUAUCUGUCAUUGGCAGUUCGUUGGAUCAUAUGGCCGAUUUCCCUUUCAGAGAAUCUGAUAACCUCCAAUACAGCGGCCCGACACUCUUUAUUCGCGGCACUAAGUCUAAGUAUGUUUCGGAUGACGCUGUGCCGGCCAUUAAGAAGUUCUUCCCCAACGCGCAGAUUGCGGACGUCGAAGCGGGCCACUGGCUCAUUUCUGAGAAUCCAGAAGCCUUCCGCCAAGCGGUCGUGAAGUUUUUGGAGUCGACAUAA